CGGAUGUCCUGAUGAUUUUAAGAUGAUAUCUCCUAGUAUUAAGGCUCAGCUUUCAAUGGUCAUUGGGGUUGGUCACUGAGAUCCCUCUUGAGAAAACAGGGGAAAAUGAAGGAAAAGCAAAGGGAGAGGCAUGGGGCCCAUUUCUUUCAGAGUCAGUGACCAUUGAAUGCUGAGCUUUAAUAGUAGGCGUGCACGAAAGCACGGAGAAACCCAUUCUUUAUUUAGGAGUAUAAGGGCAGAUACUUAUGACCAUUUUCCGAAGGACGACAAGCAUUACGUAGAGGAUCGCGGUCGCGGUCGCCCCUUUUCUACAAUGGGACAGCAAACAUCGGAGAUAGGAGAUUUGCAGUCUGAGUCUCCUCUGUCUGAAGAUGAUUGGUCACUAGACCCGGAAUAUCAAUCGG